CACCGAUGAGAUUUAUGUCGGCGGUAUAAAAACAUCUCGCAGCCGAAACCCCGCAUCUUUCCCUUUAAAGAAGCGCAGUGAUGAGUCGCUGGGUCGCAGGGGUUGCUGCCUGUGUCUGUGUCACAAUUACAAUCAGUGAUGGAAUAACGAAGGCACUGCCGAUGUAUUAGUCGCGUUUGCUGGUGAUCGCAGGUGGACGCCGGAUUGCAGGUCUUUUAUUCAGGGUUUGUAACGGAGAUUCUUCUGGUCCGUAUGGAGCUCAAAUCUGAAAUUGCUCAAUUUCAAGGACGCUCUCGAUUAUUUUUUUCUCUGAUUUGCGUCUGAAAAAAAAAUCGGAUGACGAGACCAACAGUGUAGAGAUCCAGCCCCCCUGACUGCCGGUGCAGUAAUAAGACAAGAUAAAGGAAAUAUCAAGGCGCAUGCUGCGCUUAAAUAAUCAGCCGUGGUAUUUUGGUUAUUUGCGACGCGUGGCGUAGGUUCGCUGUGAGGAUGUGAUCGCACAGGGAUCCCUGCCUUUUCGCUCCGCUGCCUCCCAACAGAGUCGCUCAUGAUGCCCAGGGCUUUGAGGAGACUGGUCCAUUUGGUGCUGUUCUGCCCUCUGUCCAAAGGCCUGCAGAGUCGUCUCCCUGCCAUUAAGGUGAAGUACCUUCUCCUGGCAUGGCUGGGCAUCCUCAUUGCCAGCUGGGUCAUCUACAUGCAGUAUGCCUCUUACUCUGAACUCUGCCGUGGGCAUGUCUGCCAUAUGGUAAUUUGUGAUCACUACAGAAGGGGCAUAAUAUCAGGCUCAUCCUGCAAGGCAUUGUGUGAUCAGAGAACUCUAACCCUGCAGCGUUGCAUGUCCACUUCCUCUAUACAUCAGGUGUACAGUGGACUGUGGAAGGAGAGACCUGUUGUGAUAAAGUGUGGUAUUGAGGAUCCAGCGAAGACUGAUGGAGCUCCAGACUCUGUACUGCGCCAGGAGAUGAGCUUAUUUGACAAACCCACUCGUGGAACCUCUAUGGAUGAAUUUAAAGAGAUGCUGCACAGUUUCCUCAAGGCUAACCUUGGUGAGCAGCCAUCUCUGAGCACCUUGGUGGACAGGGUCAUUACCCUGGCCGAUGUCAACCAGGAUGGCAAAGUGUCUCUAGCAGAGGCCAAAUCUAUCUGGGCUCUUCUCCAGAUCAAUGAGUUCCUCCUGAUGGUGGCGCUGCAGGAGAAGGAGCACACCCCCAAGCUGCUGGGCUUCUGUGGAGACUUGUAUGUGACAGAACGUGUGGGCCACAGCUCCCUCUACAGGCUAGAGGUGCCUCAUUACCUGCAGGCUCUGGUCCCGGAGGCCUUGAGCUCCAGCCUGAACCACUGGCUUGCACCAGCCUGGCCACGCAGAGCUCGCAUAACCAUUGGCCUGCUGGAGUUUGUGGAAGAGGUCUUCCACGGGUCCUACGGGAGUUUCCUAAUAUGUGAUGCCAGUCCUCACCAUGUGGGCUACAAUUCAAAGUAUGACUGCAAGAUGGCGAACCUGCGCAGUGUGGCAUCUGAGGCAGUUGUCCGGGGAUUUUUGAGGGGACGCCGUUGUGAGACUAACGCAGACUGCACUUAUGGCCGGGACUGCACGGCCACCUGUGAUCGACUGGUGAAGCAGUGUAAUACUGAGGUUGUACAGCCCAAUCUGGCGAAAGUGUGCGUGCUGUUGCAGGAUUUUCUGCUUUUUGGAGCACCCUCAGACCUCCGUGGGGAUCUGGAGAAGCAGCUACGCACCUGUGUGACACUCAGCGGCCUGGCAAGCCAGAUGGAGGUGCAUCACUCACUAGUCCUUAACAACCUGAAGACAUUACUGUGGAAGAAAAUUUCUAACACUCAGUACUCUUGAAAACAGGUUGAAAAUGAUCCAACCUGUAAUUCUACAUAAUGAGUGAAUUAUUCCAUGAACAUGAGUAGUUUUUUCUUAUGAAACGUUGCCAAAUGUUUUAAAGGUGGUGGUGAAAAAAUGUGGUUUCACUCUUCAUUGACUGUGAAUAACAGGAAGCUGUGAACUAAUGAAUAUACAACAUGAAACAGCAGAUGAAUCAGGCUUAUUCUCUUAAAACCUCAUACAAACCCCAUUACGCUUUUGUUUUCCUGCACAUUGUUUUGAGAAGCACAUUCAUCUUUUUAGACAUCUCAGGGCACUGCCUAUUAUUUCAUUUGGAAAAUUCUGUACAUAAAUAGUUAGUUUUUAAAAUAAAGUAACCAACAUACUUGAUAAUUUUGAGUUUCAUAGAAUACUCUUUUGUCUGCCCCUUGUAGAGACACAAUGUCAAAAUCUGAUAAAGUGUUAAUGUUUUUGUACAACUGUAAAUAUCAGUAUAACAUUGUCAUUUCCUGUGUGUAAAUGAAUCUCACUUGAAGCAGAGACAAGACAGUAAUGGAUUGAAUAAUGCAAAUAUAAUAACACUGAAAUGUCCUCCUGAUAUUGAUUAUGUAUUCAAAUGGAACUGAACAGCUGGUGAUGUAAAAGACAAUCAGACAUGAUUAAACUUGAAUGCUGCUUGGAAACCAGACCAAUCCGUGA